AGUUUCAUAUUUUCUUAAUUCAAGCAUGGUCUCUUCUUCAACUUCCCUCAACUCCUCAGCCACCACCAGCAACCACCUCUAAUAACUCCCCUGAAUCAGCACAUAAUCUCGGACACAAUCAUGGGGAACUGCGUGACAUGUAUAACCCCAGACACCAAAACACACCACAACACAACUCCAACUCCCAACACAACCAACAAAAAGGCCAAGAAACAGAACCCCUACUCCACUUCCCCUGCACUGAUCCGCGUCCUCAAGGACAUCUCCCCGGGCGGCUCUCGCUGGACCCGAGUCACCGAUAAGUACACGUUAGGCCACGAGCUCGGCCGCGGUGAGUUUGGCAUCACACACCUCUGCACAGACAGGGAAACCAGGGAGAAGCUAGCAUGCAAGUCCAUUUCCAAGAAAAAACUAAGAACAGCUAUAGAUGUCGAAGAUGUGCGCAGAGAAGUGGCGAUCAUGUCGAGUUUGCCAAUGCAUUCGAACAUUGUGAAGCUGAGGGCUACUUAUGAGGAUGGGGAGGCUGUGCAUUUGGUGAUGGAGCUGUGUGAGGGUGGGGAGCUGUUUGAUAGGAUUGUGGCUAGAGGGCAUUAUAGUGAGAGGGCUGCGGCUGCUGUGGCGAAGACGGUGGCGGAGGUGGUGAAGAUGUGUCAUGACAAUGGUGUCAUUCAUCGAGACUUGAAGCCUGAGAAUUUCUUGUUUGCUAAUAAGAAGGAGACUUCUCCUCUUAAGGCUAUUGAUUUUGGCCUCUCUGUCUUUUUUAAGCCUGGUGAGAAGUUUUCUGAGAUUGUCGGAAGUCCUUACUAUAUGGCCCCAGAAGUUUUGAGAAGAAAUUAUGGUCCAGAGGUUGAUGUAUGGAGUGCAGGAGUGAUACUUUAUAUUCUUCUGUGUGGGGUUCCUCCCUUUUGGGCAGAAACUGAACAAGGUGUUGCACUGGCUAUUUUGCGCGGCAACCUUGAUUUUAAGAGAGAACCUUGGCCUCAGAUUUCUGACAAUGCCAAGAGCCUUGUUCGACGGAUGCUAGAACCAGAUCCAAAAAAGCGUUUGACAGCUAAACAGGUUCUUGAACAUCCGUGGAUACAAAAUGCGAAGAAGGCUUCAAAUGUUCCAUUGGGAGAUAUAGUGAGAACACGACUCAAGCAGUUCUCCCUGAUGAACAGAUUCAAAAAGAAAGCUCUGAGGGUUAUUGCUGAACACUUAACUAUUGAAGAAGUAGAAGUAAUUAGAGACAUGUUCACCUUAAUGGACACGGACAAUGAUGGUAAAGUUACAUACGAGGAACUGAAGGCUGGACUGCGGAAAGUUGGCUCACAGCUGGCUGAACCGGAGAUAAGGAUGCUGAUGGAUGUGGCUGAUGUUGAUGGAAAUGGAGUACUGAAUUACGGAGAGUUUGUGGCUGUUACAAUCCACCUGCAGAGGAUGGAGAAUGACGAGCAUAUCCGCAGAGCAUUUACAUUUUUUGAUAAAGAUGCUAAUGGAUAUAUUGAGCUCGACGAGUUAAGAGAAGCCUUGGCUGAUGAAUCUGGUGAAACCGAUGAUAAUGUGCUCAAUGAAAUAAUGCGAGAGGUUGACACAGACAAGGAUGGAAAAAUUAGUUACGACGAGUUUGUUGCAAUGAUGAAAACCGGCACAGACUGGAGAAAGGCCUCUCGACAAUAUUCAAGAGAGAGAUUCCAGAGCUUAAGCGUGAACCUAAUGAAGGACGGAUCGCUGCAUCUGCAGGAUGCUAUAUCUGGCCAGACUUUUGUUGUUUAAUUCAAGACCUUCCGACAUUGUUUCAAUUAUGUUUAUUUUCUUUUUUUACCAAAUCCCUGAGGUUGCCAGAGCCGCAGUUCUAUCGAUUAUUUUCAUAUGUUGCCCUCUUCGCAGAUGUUGCCUGGAAGAAUGACUGAAUUUUCAGGCCUUUUUUGGCGUUGAAUGGAUAUAGUAGUAACUAGAUUUCUGCUGCACUGCAAGGAUAUGAAGCUUAGUUUAGAGUCAUGUCCUUAAUUGUAUAGUUUUCUGUUGUUAUUUUGUGCCUGUUAAUUAAUUUGCUUAUGUACUUGUGGCAUUUAUAUAAUCAUAUUUUUUAUUUUUGCCAACAACAUUCUGAAGAAAUUUGUAAUUUUGUUGAGGGGUACAAUAGUUGGGAGACUAAAUUCAACAAA